AUGGAGGCCACGCCGCCCCAGCCGCCGAGGCAGGCCGCCUGCCUGGUCUGCCGCCGGAGCAAGAUCCGCUGCGACUGGCUGCCCAACCACAACAAGUGCAAGCGCUGCAUCCAGCUCGACGCCGACUGCGUCCGCCCGGCCUUCCAUGUCGGCCGCCGCAAGGGGAUCAAGAAUAAACGUAAAGGCCUGGAUAAGGCCCUCUUCAAGAUCGAGCAGGCCAUCCGCCGCGCCCGCACCGGCGACCAGACCGCCGAGGACGACAAGGCCAUCCGCGACCUGCAGGCCCUCCUCGGCGACGGAGGCAAAGAUGCCGCCUCGGCCGCGGUCUCCGCUUCUGUCUCCGGUCCGGGAGGUGACUCCGGCCUCCACCGGCCCGGACCCGGCGGCAGGCGGCGCUCCUCCCACUCCCAGUCCAUGUCUAUGGACAGCGGUGGCGGCGGCGGCGGCGGUGGAGGCGGUCUAGGCCAGCAGGACUCGUCGAGCGACGAGGACGACGAGCUGCCCGACGCCGGGAUGGGCGCUGGCACCGGCGUCGGCGUCAACGGCAUGGUAGUGGGCGACAACGACGCGUCGCCGUCCAACGCCGACGAGAGCAUGGGCGUCGACGACGCCGAGAACCCCCUGCAGCUGCUGGCGCGGGCCUCGCGCCUCGAGCUGUCGCCCAACGGCGGCGGCGGCCGGGCGGCGCUCAAGAGGGCGUCGUCCGGGGCCGCCGGGGACCACCACCGGAGCAGCCGGAAGCGCAAGGAGCACCCGGACGAGGACAACAUCCGCUCCUUUUUCAGCCCGCUGCGCGUCAACCUCGAUGUCGGGGAGGACGUCGACCCGAUCGACCUCGGCCUCGUGACGGAGGACGAGGCCGAGUCCCUCUUUUCCUUCUUUCACGCUAACCUCGCUCACACCCGCUGGGGCCUUGACCCCAAGCUCUACACCAUGGCCUUUACCCGCUCCCGCUCCGCCUUCCUGCUGACCAGCAUCCUCGCCGCCUCGGCCCUCUUCCUGCCCUCCGCCGCCGCCCUCUCCAAGCGCCUCUCCAACCACUCCAAGACGCUCGCCCACCGCGUCAUGACCCGCCGCCACCGCUCCGUCGAGAUCGUCCUCGCCUUCAUGUUCAACGUCCCCUGGUCCUUCCCGGGGCAGCACAGCACCGACGACGAGGCCUGCUGGUACGUCGCCAUGGCCACCACCAUCGCCAUCGACCUCUCGCUGCACAAGGUCCUCGUGCCCUACGAGACCCUCCUCGGCGGCUCCGCCCCGCCCCAGGUCGCCGCCCUGAACCGCGCCGACUGCGUCGACCCCAAGCAGGCGCUCGCCGUCGACGGGUUCGGGCACGUCGCGCCCGCGUCGGACCUCGGCCGCCGGCUGCUGCGCACGCGCGAGCGCUGCUGGCUGUCGCUCUUUGUGCUCGAGAGGGGCAUGUCGCUCGCCCGGGGCCGCAGCUACAUCGUGCCCGUCACGCGGUCGCUCAAGGACUGCGACAGCUGGCACCGGUCGGGCAUCGCGGACCCGAUGGACGGGCACCUGGUGUCUAUGGCGGUGCUGAGGAGGAAUCUGGACGGGUUGUUUGCGACGGUCAGGUCGCUCUGUGACGGGGCGCAGACCAUGUCUGCUGAUGGGUCGCUGACGGCUCAGUCAAUACAAGGCGUCAUUGAAAAGUUCUUUGAUCAGUGGUUCGCAGAAUGGGGCGUCACCAUCGGCUCUGGACCUCACUGUCGACUGCCCCCCUACGUCGAGAUCCUCGUCACCCACACCCGCCUCUCGACCUACUCGUCCGUCAUCAACCACCCGACCGCCCCCGUCGAGGUCCGCCAGUUCUUCCGCAGCGCGGGCCUCUCGUCGGCCCUCAACGUCAUGCGCACCGCCAUCCAGGGCGAGGCCCAGCUCAAGUCCAUGCCCAACAACACGACCAUCAUGAUCUCCUUCGCCGCCUGCUUCGCCCUCACCCUCUCAGGGUACACCUCGGGCUCGUCGAACCUCGCGCCCUCGGUGCGCACCCUGGUCCAGGAGACGGCCGACGUGCUGGAGCGCAUCGGGUCCGUCACGGCGCACCGGAACGGCCUGUCGCGGCUGUACGGGAAUUACCUGCGGCGCAUCGUGCGCAAGGCCGCGACGACGGCGGGCAAGCCGGCUGCUGCUGCCGUCGAGGCGUCGUCGCGGCCGCCGGCGAUACCCGAGAACCAGCCGCCGUCGUCCCUGCAGCAGCAGUACCAGCAGGCGCAGCACCAGCUGCAGCAGCAACACCAGCACCAGCAGCAUGUGCAGCAGGCUCAGCAGGCCCAGCAGGCCCAGCACCAGCAGCAGCAGCAGCACAUCAUGACGACGCCGACGCUGAGCGUGGCGUCGGACUCGCUGGCCCAGCAGGCGCAGCACGCCGACUACCUCGCGCAGGCGGCGCUGCAGCCCAGCCCGCUGCAGUUCUCGGCCAUGUCGGACGACCAGAUCCUCGAGGUGCUGAACCAGCCCGGCAACGAGUUCGACCCUUCGUUCGGGUCGCUGGCGUGGGCCGACAUGAUGACGUUUGAGGGGCUGAACUGGCCGAAUCUGACCUGA